AUGCCUCGAAUGCACCAUGCCGCUAUUCAAAGAAAGAAAUGCAGCUGCAAGAGCAAAAACGUGAUAGGCACGUUCAAGCUGAAGGGAGAGACGAACUUCGAAACCAAGUGCUUGGGAACGUUCAAAAAUGAAAAAGGCGUCAAAUUCGAUCGCUGGCAAGUUGCCUGCUCCAAUCUCAACGAGAGAGCUGACUUUGUGCCCAAAGUCUGGCCGUUCAAAGAUGGCUCUGGCAAUUCCAUCGUUCACGUCAAGCAGCCACCAUCAGACAAGACUUGCAAAAAGGGCCUGGCGAAGAUUUUUAAGCGAAAUCGAGUGAUCAGAUGCGAACAUGACGAGAGCAAGCUGACGGGCUGCCAGUGCGGCGAAUUUAAAGACGGUAUUUCGAAAUCGAUGAACACGGCGAAGCAGGAAAAAUUGGCCUUGACCGCGACUUGUGCAAAUACAGAAUCAGCUGAGAGCGAGAUCGAGACUUGGAAACUUCACUGUGAUUCGAACGGAAACGGAGUCAUCGAUAAUGAUGAGGAGGCAAAGACCGUCUCGGUCAAUACUAAAGCAAAUGAGUUCUAUUGCAAAGUGAAAAAGACGAUCUCGGAAGGACUAAAAUGCUCAAAACCAGCUGGAGCAACCUGCUUGUGCGACGAUUUCUGGGACCAUUUCGACUACGAAGUCGACUUUAAAAAAGAGCACAAAAAGGGCAUCAAGAUUGUGACUGAAUGCGUCAGCGGAACAGAAAAGGAUGGAAAAGAAUGUGGUAUUUCGAUGGUGAAGAAACUCAAGCACGACAAUGAAAAGGAGCGAUGUUUGAGCAAAUUAAAGAGCGACAUCAAGACUUUCGUCAAAGAAAAUAAUAUUGCUAAGUUCUGUUAA